AUGGGGACCAAGAAGCAGCCAGCUAGACCUCCGCAAGGAGCAGGAGUGAAGCCCUCACCCCUGGCUGCACGCGCGAGACGUUUGGAGACGACAACCUUUCCUCGCUCGGAUCUUUGGAGCUGGUCGGACGAUGGUGCCAAGGACGAGCUCAUCGAGAAUAUGCUGCGCGAGUGCGUCCCGCCCAUGGCGGUGCCCUCCACGCCAGCGAUGAACGGCAAUGCGCCGCUGGCCUUCGGCGGCUUUAACCGAAAAAUGCUGGUCUCACAGCGACAGAAACUGGCGACCGCUAGUCAACACCCGCAUCUGCAGACCCCAAUGAGUUCACAGAUGUCCAGGAAGACUAGGAAUUUGCAGUCGCCACCGACGUCACUACCUCCGCCACAGUUACAACCGUCGUCUUCCAAGAACUUAGCGGCCAUCGCCAAUGCUGCGGCAUCAACCGGACAGGAUGCAUGGAAAGCGUUUAAAGUCGCCCAUCGAACCAAUAAGGUUCUUGCGAAGACACGGCAGAUGAUCAACGUUUUAACUUGUCAGAACAGCUCUAAGAAAAACGAAAAUGAUGGAGAAGACCAGCUCUCACGUGGUGAUGACGAUAUCUCAGGAGAUGAUGCCGAUGCAAAUGAGAAGGAGGAGGAGACCGAAGAAAUGAGAAUCGCAGCGGCGGCAGCAACGAAGUUGAUGGAAGCGAAAGCAAAGUUCCAACGAGAAGUGCUGGAUGAGGUUACUACUGACAGUAGUCAAGGAAGCGCAAAUGGUCUUGGAGAUAUUCAGAAUGAAGCUGAGGACUUUUGGAGAUUGUACAAGAGCAGCACAACGAGCAGACGGCCUGACUCCACUCGAGGUCGCUACAUCACCAACUGUCAAAACUCUUCACUGCUGGUACUUCCUGUACUAGAUCUGAAGCGGCCAUCGCGUUAUGAGCGAGCAAGUCAAGCACUCUGCUACGACAAUUACUACUUUGGUGACAAGCGCGCUGAGGCGCUCGGUAAUGCACUCCAGCUUCUUCCUGUGCCGGUACAAACCCUGUCAAUGAAGAAUGUGGGUGUUUCUGGCAGCGGAUCGUCCGCUAUAAUGGGCGGCAUAGUGAUGAAGCAUUUAAAACACCUCAAUUUUUCAGACAACCGACUAGGCACCAAGGGAGCUCUCACCAUUUAUCGGAUGCUUGAGAACCCGCAGAUUAAUCUCAAGUCGCUGGAUCUUGGCAAUAAUCAACUCGGUGACCAAGCAGUGAAAACACUAAUGCAGUGCUUACUGAAUCGUUGUACGCUAGAGCAUCUCGACCUUCGACGCAAUCACAUCUUUCACGCAGCCAUAUCCAUUGGAGAGCUCCUGCGCAUUACGACGCCACUCUCAUCUCUUAAUCUCUCCUGGAACAACAUACGCGGUGAACCAGCUCAGCACUUGGCACGAUGUAUGAUGGAAAAUCUGACGCUUACUCAUUUGGAUCUUUCCGACAACACACUUGGGAACAACGGAAAAGCGGAUGCUGAUCUUGGCGUGUGCUUAGCUACAAACAAGUCACUACGAUUCUUGGACAUUUCAAACAAUCACGUCCAAGCCAAAUCGAUGUUGGUGUUGGUUAAUGGUCUACAGCAAAACACGGUUCUCGAGACUCUUGUCAUUCGCGGCAACCCUAUCGGCUUCAUUGGAGGAGAAGCAGUUCUGCGUUCGGUAGCCUCAGGAUCCAUUUCAGCAUGCCAAAUCGAUAUUGGCGAUUGUAAUUUGGAGAUCUUAGACAGCAAGCUGGAGGGAACCAUCUACGGUGGAGGCACGUUUAAUUUGAAUAUGACUGAGCGAUCGGACAGUAUAUUGCUGAGAGAACUCCUGCAGCUUGUGUGGAAAAACAAAACUGAUAUCGUGGACUGUCUUCACAAUGGAACGGCAUUCACGUUCAAUAGGAAGGACGAGAAGACGCUAAUGACCUCAAUUCCGUCGCAAGGGUCCAUGCAUGUUAAGAUUCAGCCGAACUAUGACCGUCAUGAAGACCUGAUUUCCCAGAGCGGCGUUGAUCGAGUCGUGGCAUUGAUCGAUCGAUCAUUUGGUCACACACAAGACGGCGACGAGGCUACCAAGCUAUUUUGUAUCCGGAUCCUGGCAGAAGAGUAUUCCUUUACUGUAGCUCAAGCGAACACGCUGCUAUCUCUGUUCGAGUCUCACACUUCUCAAGUUGAGAAGGCAACUGCUGCAGCAGCGUUAAUACCGCAGAUUCUUCAGACAUCGUCUACUCAGGCUGCUCUAGUGGAGGAGAUUUACGACUGUGCUUCAAUGGAAGCUCCGAAUCAAUUUUUCGAGGACAAAGACGCAGAUGGGAAAAUUGAUGUGUGCGGCGAUAUCUGCAUGACCAUUGGACUUGAAAAUCUCUCUGAUAUCGAGCAGAGUCACAUCGAACAGAAGGUAGGAAAAUGGAUUUCGUUCAACGUGAACAACCCGACUGGACGGUUUCAACUGAACAUGGCAAACUCAAUCGAUCGACGCAUCUUGAUGCGGCUUUUGGAGGCGAACAAGACCGAAAGAAAAAUGCGGCAGCAACUCAAGCUAGUGGAUACAUCGCAGCACGGUCAAGCAGCGCAACCACUUCAGGGAGGAUUCCGGAAUAUGAGGUUGAACCGCUUACCAAUCGUAAUGGGGAAUAACUGGCAGUUCCCGCGAUUAGGAAUCCUCGAGUUUGAUUUCGUCAUGACACGACGUCCUUACGCUAUCUGUACAGCCCUUAAUGAUGGCGCCUUCGAGCAGUUUCUAAAGGAGUUCAAGCAGUUGCAGGUGCCAGCUGAAAUGAAACUUGUUGGACUGCGAUCCAUAUCAACGUUGUAUUAUUUCACCUGCAGUCAGGCACAGCGCAUCAUGGAACAUUUUGGCACUUUCGAGCGAGACCCAACCACUGGGUGUUUAUUCCGAGGUGAAGUGUUUAUUGUCCUGUUCAGCCGAAUCAUCGACGAGUGGAACUUGAGCGAGACGCUUUCAUUGCUCGAUCUCACCACGAAGACGCAGGUACUGGAUCGACUGGGUGUGUUGAACUGCUUCCAUCCUCUGCAGCAAAUCGAAUCGUACAGAAAUCUCCAGCUAAACGCUUUUGAUCAACGACAGCUGAUCUUGCUUCUCGUCAAACUUGCAGUCAGUGGAGAAGCUGAGUUAACGAACACGCAGCUUAAUGGAGACACCAUCGAGGCAGAUGUGUGGAAAGUCUGGACCAGCGACGACAAAGUGCCUUCUCAAGGAGUACUGAGCUGCUCCAUGCGGUCGCUUCAAGGCGUACAGUCAGAGGCACAAUUGCCACCGACAAGCAUGCGCAAGAAGCUUCUGCAGUCACUACUGUUCAAGCUCGAGGAUAAAACGCAGGAAUUGACAUUGCUGUAGGACAAACUCGGUUAUAACGAAAAA